AGUGGUGUUGCUGGUGCAGGGAUAUCCACGCCUCUACGAUUUUCUCGCCAGGUGUAACCGGCGUUGUGCGCCCAUUUGCACGCCGAUUUGUUUCUCUCGUAUGUGCAGACCGGACGGGGCUGACGUCAGUGUCCAGCUUCGGCCGCCACGCCUUACGUUUUGCUGUCAGUGGAGUCUUCCGCUUUGGACGCUCCAGCCCGGACACUGCCGUCUACUCACGCAGAGGUCUGAUGAUGCCAGGGUCGGGAAAGGCUAGGAAUCCCUGCGGGGUGUGUGUACGACCGUCCACCCCUGAUCCAUUAGACGAAGCAGGACGCCCAGCAGCAGAAGGAAGUGACAUGGGAGCAGCCGGCGGUCCUGGGGCCGGAGACGCGGAGAUCGUCAAGUCGCCGAGCGAUCCUAAGCAGUACAGGUACAUUGAGCUGGACAAUGGUCUGAAAGCACUGCUGAUUUCAGAUAUGAGCACCUUGGAUGGCCAACCAGCCAGCUCUGGGGAUGAUGGAGACUCUGAGGAGGAAGGUAGCGAUAGUGAAGAGGAAGAUAGUGAAGGAGACUCUGGAGAGGGCACCGAAGAGGAGUCUGAGGAAGAGCAGGAGGAGCGAGACAGCGAUUUUGAAGAUCUGGAUGAUGACUCCAGUGCCACGAAGAAGAAGAGCGGCUGUGCAGAAAAGCAGUCUGCAGCCGCCCUGUGCAUUGGUGUUGGAAGCUUCAGUGACCCCGAUGACUUGCCCGGAUUGGCGCAUUUCCUGGAGCAUAUGGUAUUCAUGGGUAGUGAGAAGUACCCGGCAGAGAAUGGCUUUGACGCCUUCUUGAAGAAGCAUGGUGGCAGUGACAACGCUUCCACAGACUGUGAGAGGACUAUCUUUCAGUUUGAUGUGCAGAGGAAAUACUUCAAGGAAGCCUUGGACAGGUGGGCUCAAUUUUUUAUCUGUCCACUUAUGAUCAAGGAUGCAGUGGAUCGGGAGGUGGAGGCUGUAGAUAGUGAGUACCAACUUGCGCGACCAUCUGAUUCUCACAGGAAGGAGAUGCUUUUCGGAAGCCUUGCCAAAGCUGGGCACCCAAUGGGAAAGUUUUACUGGGGUAAUGCUGACACUCUGAAACUGCAGCCUCGAGAGAAGAACAUUGAUACUUACAGUUGCCUGCGGGAUUUUUGGAAGAGACACUACUCCGCUCAUUACAUGACGCUGGCAGUGCAGUCCAAAGAAAACCUGGAUACCCUAGAGCUCUGGGUCAGAGAGAUCUUCAGCAAGAUACCCAACAAUGGGUUACCCAAACCAGACUUUUCUCAUCUGUUGGAUCCUUUUGACACCCCACUAUUUAACAAGCUCUACAGAGUUGUGCCUGUUCGGAAGAUUCACUCGCUCACCAUCUCCUGGGCUCUACCCCCACAGCAGCAACAUUACAGGGUAAAGCCUCUGCACUACAUCUCCUGGUUGAUCGGCCAUGAGGGCACUGGAAGCAUCCUGUCUGUGCUGCGGAAAAAAUGCUGGGCUGUCGCACUUUAUGGAGGGAACAGUGAAACGGGCUUUGAUCAGAAUGACACCUAUUCUGUUUUUGACAUUUCCGUUACAUUGACCAAUGAGGGAUACCAGAACUUCUACCAUGUGGCUGACCUGGUGUUCCAGUACCUCAGGAUGCUUCAGAAAUUGGGCCCACAGCAGAGGAUAUAUGAGGAAAUUCAGAAGAUUGAGAGCAAUGAAUUCCGCUAUCAGGAGCAGACAGACCCCAUUGACUACGUAGAGAACCUCUGUGAGAACAUGCAGCUCUUCCCCAAAGCGGACUUUCUAACUGGAGACCAGCUGAUGUUCGAGUACAGGCCGAAGGUGAUCUCCGCAGCUCUUAACCUCCUUGUGCCCAGCAAAGCCAGCUUCCUGCUGCUGUCCCCCAAUCACCAGGGGCACUGCGACCGGACAGAACGCUGGUUUGGCACUCAGUAUAGCGAGGAAGAAAUUGAGGAGCCCUGGAGAGAGCGGUGGGCGGGUGACUUUGACUUGAACCCUGAACUGCACCUCCCUGCAAAGAAUAAAUUUAUUGCCACUGACUUCAACUUGAAGACCCCCGACUGCCCGGACACGGAGUAUCCUGUGAAAAUCGCCAGCAGUGAUAAAGGCUGCCUGUGGUACAGGAAGGACAAGAAGUUCAAAAUCCCACGAGCUUACGUUCGCUUCCACCUCAUCUCUCCGCUCAUCCAGCAGUCGCCAGAGAAGUAAGUGAGUAGCCUUGACAGGCAGCGUCUUCUGAGGGCCUGGCCUGUGAUGUGAUGGAGCUGUU